UUGAGGAAGAUAUGGAUCACAAGUAUUAUAUGUCAAGAAUUUUUGGACCAUUGGAUUCUGCUAGUCGGGAUUUAUGGGUCAAUAUCGAUUAUAUGGAAAAAGAAAAAGUAAAGAUUCAUGGGAUUCUCUCAAAUACUCAUCGACAAGCUGCUAGAGUGAACCUGUCUUUUGAUUUUCCAUUCUAUGGCCAUUUUCUACGUGAAAUCACAGUGGCAACUGGAGGUUUUAUAUAUACCGGAGAAGUGGUUCAUCGGAUGCUCACGGCAACACAAUAUAUUGCUCCCUUGAUGGCCAAUUUUGAUCCAAGCGUGUCCAGAAAUUCUACAGUCAGAUACUUUGACAAUGGAACCGCCCUUGUGGUCCAGUGGGACCAUGUCCAUCUGCAAGACAACUACAGCCUCGGCAGCUUCACCUUUCAGGCCACCUUGAUCAAUGAUGGUCGAAUAGUGUUCGGAUACAAGGAAAUACCAGUACCUGUAAUGGAGAUAAGCUCUACCAAUCAUCCUGUGAAAGUUGGCCUCUCAGAUGCUUUUGUUGUGGUCCAUAAGAUUCAACAGAUUCCUAAUGUUCGCAGGAGAACAAUCUUUGAAUAUCACAGGGUGGAACUAGAUAUGUCUAAAAUUACCAACUACUCUGCAGUCGAGAUGCUGCCUCUUCCAACUUGUCUCCAGUUUAACAGCUGCGGUACCUGUGUCAGAUCCCAAAUUGGUUUCAACUGCAGCUGGUGCAAUAAUCUCCAAAGAUGUUCCAGUGGUUUUGAUCGCCAUCGGCAAGACUGGGUUGAAAAUGGCUGUCCUGAAGAGUCCAAAGAGAAGAUCUGUGAAGAUUUCUUAGCAACCACCACAGCCCCACGUCACACCACCAGUAGAACACAAGUAACAACAUCCAGACAUUAUACCUCAACGUCAAGAUUAAUAACAUCUCAUCUACCAAGCAGCAUUCCUACAGAGGAUGACACAAAGAUUGCGCUGCAUCUCAAGGACAAUGGAGCCUCGACAGAUGACAGUGCAGCGGAGAAGCAGCGCGGGUCUUUGCACACGGGAUUAAUUAUAGGCAUACUUGUACUGGUUCUGGUGGUUGUUGCUGCCAUCCUUGUAACAAUUUACAUGUACCAUCACCCAAUGUCUUCUGCUAGUCUCUUUUUCAUUGAGAGACGCCCAAGCCGGUGGCCAGCAAUGAAGUUUAGGAGAGGAUCAGGGCAUCCUGCAUAUGCUGAAGUAGAACCUGUUGGAGAAAAAGAAGGCUUCAUUGUAUCAGAGCAAUGCUGAGUUUAUCGAACAAUGCACCAGUACUGGUUUCUGGUGGAAGGACGUUGAAUUUUUGCAUAUAUUUUUCAGGAAAAAUAAUGCUGUGAGCUACCUAUCCAGAGACAGAAAGAGUAUUUCUCAUGAUCUUCGAUCUAAAAGAAAAAUUCUUUUACUCUGAAGUUCAAAUGCUACUCAUGGUAGUCUUCCUAUUGUGGAAUUAAGUAGUACGUCCUGGGCAACCUAGCUGGACAACAGUAGUGAAUGGACAAGGACUCUUCUACUGGCUUCAGAAGAUACUUUCAAUAAGAGAUCUCUAUGGAAAACGUUUGUAAAUCUUACUUGGGCAGGUGCUUGUUCAGCUCUAGCAAAUGCUAUUGAGCAGGCAAAAGCAACAUGUUAGCAUUGAGGUUUGAGGUGUUCUCGUGCCUCUGGAUAAGUGAACCUUUUUACAGACAGUACACAUAGACAUCAGUGACCCAGAUACAUGGCCAUGACGCAAAAAGUGGUUUAUUGCUGUCUACUUAGUAUUGUGCUUUAUAUAAAUACUCCAAAUGUGGCCAAAGUGAUAUUCAGUUUUCAUUUAUUUAUAUCCAAAAAUAAGUACCGGCCUGCGAUUACAGUGGUCAUUAAAAUUCAAGGUGCAUUUUUGAAUGAGUGUGGGGUUGCAGACAAUGGGUAACAUUUACAAAGGUUCAAAUAAUUAGGGGGAAAUUAAUCAUCAUAAGUGUAUUUAAAGUUAUUUUUAAGAAUGGAGUUGCUAUGCUAACCUGCACCAAAUUUAUGAACAUGGGGCAUGUUUUCUUUAUAAAUUAAUUUCAAGUGCAAUAUUGUUGCACCAGUUUCAGUGAAAGUACAUCUGGGGGCUACCUGGCAUUGAGUUGCAACUGGCUGCAACUUUAUUUGCAAUAUUUUAAAAGUUGCACUUCAUAAAUGUGACUAAAAGGGUAUGUAUACCUAUGGGGGACAUUUUUUAUGAUUGCUUUUUACUCAUUUUGGGCUAUAAAUUAUUUUUACAGUUGGUCUUUAUUAAAAAUGUUGAGCCCCUGUCUCUGUGCAGGCUUGAGAUUCUCUAGUGGCAUGUUCUGAGUUUUUACUUUAUCUCUGGCCUCCUAAACACUCAUCAUAGCUCUAUUCUUAUCUUAGUGAUAAGAAUGUGGCUUAAAAAACUGUUUAUAACCUUUUAGUAAUUUAUAGAUAAGGUUUAUUAGAUGA